AUGAGCAUUAAUGUGUUGUUGCUCAUAAGAAUCGAAAAUUGUUUUGCAUUUUAUAGAUUCUAUAAACAGAAAAGCAGAUUUGAAUAUGAAAUGACAAUAUUCUUAGCAACUGUGAAGGUUGUUAAUUCAUUCCAAGCCUAAACUCCCAGUGGAUCAAUCUACAUUAUAAUUUGUUAAUGGGUUUUCGAUUUGUUUUUACUCUGUAAUGCACUUUGCUAUGCUCUUUCUUUUUGCAUUAUAAUCACUUUUGUCCUUAUCGUGAUUUUCGGACUGAUUAGAGGAGACUUCCCAGUAGUUAAUCGUGGAUUAUCUCCAGAAGAAUUAUUGAAGUUGACUAGAAAACCAUGGGUUGAAUACCAAGUACCAUAACCAGAAGACUGUCCAAUUUGUUUAUGCUAAUUAGAAUAAGAGGAAAUUGUAGUGCAGCUCCCGAAAUGUAAUCAUUAUUUCCAUGAUACUUGUAUUGAUGAAUGGCUAAACGCAAAACCAUUAUGUCCAUCCUGUAGAAAUAAUGUUAGAAUGGCAUUACUAAAUGAUUGA